AUGAAGAAAAUAUUAAAUGAAUAUAAAAAUAAUGUAAUUAAGUUUUCUCAAGUUAACAAAAAGUUUUACUCUGAAAAAAUUGUUGACGAAAAAGAGAAACUUUUUUUUAAUAACUUAAGUAAUAAAUGGUGGCAUAAAAAAGAAAAUGAAAACUUUUGUGAUAUUUUAGAAAAAGUAAUAGGAAAAAAUUUAUAUAGCUUACAUGAUUAUAAUAAAUAUAGAUUUGACUUUAUAUUUAACAAUUAUGAAUUUAUAUAUUUUCAAAAGUUAAAAAAACAAAAAAAAUUUAAUAAAAAAAUAAAUAUUCUAGACAUAGGAUGUGGGGCAGGUAUAUUAUGUGAAUACAUGAAAAAUAAUAUUUAUUAUUUUUUAAUUAAAAAUAAUAUCAUAUCUGAAACAUACAAUUCAUCAUUAGAAAAAGUAGAAGUAAAUAUUGAUGGUAUAGAUAUAUCAAAUAACUUAAUUGAUUUGGCAAAGAAAAGACAAGAAGAAAAUGAAAUAGAAUAUAAUAAAAUAGAAGAAAACAGUAAUAUAAAUAUUAAUUUAAAUUAUACAAAUUGUGAUAUAGUUCAUUUAGUGAAUUCAAAUAAAUUAAAUGAAAAAAAAUAUGAUAUAAUUAUUUCUUCAGAAGUUAUUGAGCAUAUACCUAAUAAUAAAAAAAUAUAUUUCAUAAAGUGUAUAUCUGAACUAUCUAAACCUAAUGCAUUAGUUGUAUUUACUUCUAUUAAUAAAAAUUGUUUCUCUUAUUUUUAUACAAUAAUAUUGGCCGAAUAUAUAACAGGAAUAAUUAAAAAGGGAACACAUGAUUAUCAAAAAUUUAUUGAUAUAAAAGAGCUAAACAAUAUUUGUGAAUAUUUUAAUUUAAAUAAUAUAAACACAAAAUAUGUCAUAUAUCUUCCUAUUAUUAGAAAUUAUUUUACAACUAAAAAAUUGAAAUUGUUAUAUCUUUCAGCUUUUAUUUAUAAAGAAAAAAAAGGAACUUUAACUUGA